AUGUCCCUGUGCGAUCAUUAUGGACAAUUCCUCUCCAUGGAUUGGAACGGAGUCCCUCCUUUGUCCGUACUAUACAAGCGAUAUAUUGGUGCUUGUGCUUAUCAUAUCCGCAUUUUGGGUUCUCCGUGGUUCAAUGGCAAUUUAAUCAAGUGGCAAGGGGUGCGCACAAGUCGUCUUCGCAACAACUUCGCAACCCACUACUUCGUCAUGGGUUUCAACUGCGCAAUUACUUUUAUUGCCUGUAGCAAAAGGUUUGAGCUUCUUGAAUAUGCAUCCCAGGGCUUCGAAUGGGUAAACUAUCUAUCAUUCUAUGACACCUUUACUAUAUCAAAUGCGAGCCAAGGCAAGUACCUCGUACCCGCGAGUUCCAUGUGGCAGAGGCGCAGAGUCGAUGGCUGGGUUUUCGAGGCUCGAGCACAAUAUCCAAUUCCAAAACCGAUAUCUACCAUGGAUCAAGUUGUCGAAGCAUUGUAG